GGUCCCUGCCAUGGAUUCAGGCAUUGCUGAGAGUAUCCCAGGGGUCCCUGUCCAUGCUAGACAUGGAGCUCUCUAAUGGGCUGGAAUUGGGUUCUAAAAGUGGUGCUCCAAGUGCCAAAGCAGUGUGGGAUUGGGAUUAAGAAAUGAGCAGUGAGGGUCCAAUUGGCUGUUUUCUCUGGACUGUGACUGUGAGAGCUGCAGGAGUGCCAGGUGUGUGUUCCAGUCCCCAGCAUUUGGUUUGCACAUGUCCUGGUCAGACACAGGUCCAACUUGCUCAGUCCUUAACCCAAGAGAGGGAGAAUGAAGGACUGGCACUGUUAAGGUGUUUGGUGUGACAGGGGUUAAACUGGGAAAACAUUGGGUAAUUCAUGAGUUUCUCUCUUUGCCAAACUCACCCAAACCUGUGCUAGGAAGAGAGGGACUGGAAAAGUUGAGGCAGAAAUGGAAUUGAAAACUGGGGCUAUUGACACUGUAAUUGCUGAAACUAAAUGUGUCCAAGCAGCAGCUCUUGUUGUGCAGGGAAUAACUCCUGUCAGCAGCAAGGUCCCAACUGAAGUGGCAGCUGCAGUUGUUCCUGUGGUGUGGGCCAGUGGAACUGCAGGAGAGUGGAAGAGGGCAGAACCUGUAGGAGAAAAUGGGGCAAGCGGGCAGGAAGAAGAGAAGCCCCGUGACUCCUCCCUGAGCCCCAGCCAGCCCCUGAACUGCCUUCCUGGGAAUGGUGGGAUGGGCUGGACUCUGGAUUGCUCCCUCUGCAUGUGUGGCUCUCCCCUGCAGGAACUGCAGGAACUCCUGGUGCCGCCUGGGCCGAUGGAUUGGACGCCCCAGCCCCUCCAUUCCUGCCCAGCCACUGGGUCCGUGUCCAGUGGUGGCACUGCCAGCCCUGCAGGUGAAGUGGGAAGGGCCUUUGCAGGUCUUGUGGGUCACAUUUAUAGCAGUGGGAUGGAGCCUGGAAAGUGCACAGAGCUGAGCCAAGGGAUUGAAAGGGACCAAGCAAGGGAGGUGAAGAAAGAAGGAAGAAGGGAAGUGAGGCAGCAGGCAAGCAGCACCAAGUUCCUGUGUAAGCAGGGAAUAACUCCUGUCAGCAGCAAGGUCCCGACUGAAGUGGCAGCUGCAGUUGUUCCUGUGGUGUGGGCCAGUGGAACUGCAGGAGAGUGGAAGAGGGCAGAACCUGUAGGUAUUACCCCUGAUGUGGGAUCUCUCCUGGUAAGGCCAAGCCAGUAUCCUUUAAAAUCAGAAUGCCAGCUUGGAUUGGUUGCAGGAACAGCUGAAUUUGCUCCUCCUGGUUUGCUUGUAGGACGUGAAUGCCAGAACCUGCCAAGAAAACCAAUGGCCAAGAUGAUUGAUUAGUGCAGGACCUGAGAGAACCCCUGAGAAAAUGGGGCAAGCGGGCAGGAAGAAGAGAAGCCCCGUGACUCCUCCCUGAGCCCCAGCCAGCCCCUGAACUGCCUUCCUGGGAAUGGUGGGACGGGCUGGACUCUGGAUUGCUCCCUCUGGAUGUGUGGUAAGACUGUUAGGGCAACUUUUCCAACAGCCUGUAAGCAUUUGCUGCCUUGGCUAGAUGGUGCAAGGGCAGCCUUUAAGCAGCUGAAGCAUUCCCUGAGGAGAGCUCUGGGUCUGCCAGAUUUGUCAGAACUGUUGGAAGCAUCUUUGGUGGGGAGGGCAAAGAAAGGCCAAGGUGUGCAGUGACCCCCUGAGAAGGGACUUUGAGUUAAUGGCAUCCCUGAUGGUGAACUUUGUGGGCUGUUCCCCCUGUAGGGCAGGUGACAGUCCCAGCUACAGGGAUGGGAAAAAUGGUUAAAAGGGAGCCCCAAAAGCUGGAAAUCCUCCUGGAGGCUCUUGGCAAACAGAGUUUCCUGAGUUCCCCCUGACAGAAGGACAGUGACAGCUUUUGAGUGCUGGUAGAUCCUUUGAAUAGAUAGCCUUGAGUGUGUCCUUGUUGCACCAGUGGGCCUUGUCCAACUCCUCAUCUUCCAGGUGAUAUACAUAUUAAAGUUGAAAAUGCUCUUCCUAAUCCUUUGUUGGCUUGAGGCUCUCCCCUCAGGAACUGCAGGAACUCCUGGUGCCGCCUGGGCCGAUGGAUUGGACGCCCCAGCCCCUCCGUUCCUGCCCAGCCACUGGGGCCGUGUCGAGUGGUGGCACUGCCAGCCCUGCAGGGGAAGUGGGAAGGGCCUUUGCAGGUCUUGUGGGUCACACUGAUAGCAGUGGGAUGGAGCCUGGAAAGUGCACAGAGCUGAGCCAAGGGAUUGAAAGGGACCAAGCAAGGGAGGUGAAGAAAGAAGGAAGAAGGGAAGUGAGGCAGCAGGCAAGCAGCACCAAGUUCCUGUGUAAGCAG